AUGUCCAACCUGCUGCUUGCGCUAUCAGCAUCCCUGCAGGAGGCUACGGUGGGUCCUUCCAUCCACAGCUUCAGCGACGCUUCAUUACAAGCAUUAGCACUGAUAUCUAGAGAACUUGGGUGGCUGAUAUCCACACUUGUUUAAGCUUGCUGCCAGGUUUGGCUGGCACAGUCUCCUCUCAUAGAGGCAUGCAGGAGAACCCUCCGCAGUGUUCCAGUGGAACCUGGAGAGCUUUUUGGCUCUGCGGCUCUGGAGGUGCUUGAGCGCACAGUCCAAGUCAGACAGACAAGACAACAGCUUUCAGAUCUUCCUCCUCCCAGCAGGCUUAGGAGUUCUUCCACUGCUCCCCAGCAUUGCUCUCAUCUGCAAGCCUAUCCCAUUGGCUACCUCAGACCUCAGCCCCCACAUCCACAGCCUGCUCAGCAGCAGGCGCAGGACUUUCAGGGCCCAGGGUGACUGGCCUUUGAGCAACCUCAGGUGUCACACGCUGCCUGUCGUACCCCCCUGAGCCUCUAGAGGCCGGGGGACCUGGUGCUGAGGCCCAGGGGCCGGUCGUCGGCUGUUUUUCCCAGCAGCAGCAUAACUAUUGGGCUGCUUCCACCAGGGACCCUUGGGCGCUUUCCACCUUGACCCAUGGGUACAAACUUCAGUUCCGACACCGGCCCCCAACCUGUGACUGGGUCAAGAUGACCAUCAUAUGCAACCCGACAAAAGCCCAGGCCCUCAGCCAGGAUUUGUCCAUCCUCCUUGACAAGGGUGCCAUCGAGAGCACACUCUUUCUCGGGAUGUCUCUCAAUGCUGUCACCAUGAUGGCUUGUCCGUCGUCACAGCGGGUGGACGACAUCCUUCGCUUCUUCCUUCUCUUUCGGAAAGGCAGAUGGUUGCACCUGCCGCUGCCACCACUGUGGUUCCCUUAA